AUGUAUGAAGUAGAAAUGAUACCGACAACAAAUAAUGACGAUGAACCGGAUGUUAUUGAUUUAACAGCAUCUCCUGGUUAUUUUGGAAUAUUUGGUUUUCCUAUUCGACCACCAACACCAUUUGCUGAUAGUCCUAUAUGGCCUCCAACAGUAUCAGAAUAUAACGAAGAUGAUGAUACUAAUGGAAUUAUUACUUGGUCAUCACCUGGAAAACAAUCAAGUCUUAAUUAUAAGACGGACAAUAACGAGAAUCUUACUCUCUCAUCACAUCAUGCACCAUCAUCAUCACCACGUAUAUAUAGUACAUGGCGACGAAAACUAAAUAAAUUUUUAAAACGAACAAAAUCCCAUGAACAUAAAACAGCUGUUUCUUCGACAACAUCUAAUGCAAUACAUCUGUAUAAUUUUGGUAAUGGUGAAGUAACUCGAACGGGUUCAUCAAUAUCACGUAGUAGUGGUAAACGAGUUCAUUGGAUUGAUGAUGAUGAAGUUAUAUUAAACUUAUGUCAUCGUUUUGUUGAAUAUUUGAAAUUAUUCGUACAAAAUACUAUUGAUGAUAAGACUGAAGAUACAUAUUUAGAAAAUUGUCAAAUAUCAUUAGAUGAACUUGAUUCAUUAAUUGAUUGUCAACAUAUUAAAGAAGCAUUCGAAGAUAUAAUUGAAUUAGCCAAAACAGGAAACAAAAAUGAAUUACUUGAACAACAAACAUAUAUUGAAAAUUUACUUUCUCGUACUGUUCUUUUUUCUUCUGCUUAA